GUUAUCAUUAAAACCUUGAGGGAAUAUUUGGGGGAUGCGACUAAUGUCACGACUGAGGCACCCGCAUCAUCAUAUGACAGGAAGAAUGAUAAGAUGACGGGUGAUAAUUUUUAUGGUCUUGAAGUUGGAUCUAUGGUUGAGGUUCCUUUGUCGUAUGGUAUUCAAAUAUUUGGUGUCAUUCGCUGGAUGGGAAAUAUGCCACAAAGGAAGGGAAAGCUGGUUGUAGGUCUGGAAAUGGAAAAGGAAGAGUCGUAUUAUUCAGAUGGAACCUGUAAUGGAGAAAGAUACUUCACCUGUCCAGCAGGAAAAGGAUUUUUUACUUUGUUAAGUAAUUGCCAACCAGACUCACGAUUAGAGAGCCAGACGGAGCUACAGGGUAUGAGAGCUCGUUUAUCCAACUUACAACAACAGCUCAGGGAAAAAGAUGACCAAUUGUUGGAAAAGGCCAACUUAUUAAAGGAAAGAGAUCGCCUAAACGGAAACCUGCGUGCGAUCAAUCAGCAGCUGAAAAACGCACGAGGUCAAUUACAAGAUCAAGAGUUGCUGAAGACCAACAUGCAGGAGCAACUGGAGGGAAAAGAGCAACAACUAGUUGAAAUGGAGUUGCGAUUAAGGGAAAUGAAUCAGCAACUUAGAGAUCUUCAAGUUCAGAUCACAGAGAAAGACAGAGCAACUGUUGCUUUGCAGGAACGACUAGGAAUUUCGGUACAACAGGUCGGCGAGCUAGAAGAACAACUGACAAGAAAAGACCAGGAAAAGAAUGAACUAGCAAAAAGCCUUUCAACAGCUCAGAAGACAUUACGUGAUAAUCAGGUUCAAAGAUCACCAGACUGGGUUAUUGCUCGUAAUCAAAUUCAGCUGACGGGCAAAACCCUCGGUAGAGGUGCCUGGGGAGAGGUUGCCCAAGGAAGGUUCUGUGGUUGUGUCGUUGCCGUAAAAACGAUAUAUGACGUGAUUCUUUCUCCUCACAACCUCAGGUUGUUUAUGCGAGAAAUGGACAUUGCUUCGAGAUGUCGACACCCUUGUUUAUUGCAAUUCAUUGGAGCAACAAACGACGACCACACACCUUUGUUUCUCACAGAGCUCAUGGAAACAAGCUUGCAAGCACUGUUAGAGGAACGAUCUCUUUCUCAGACAGAAAUCACCGUUAUUGCUCUGGAUGUGGCUCGAGGACUAAACUACCUCCACCAAAAACGCCCCAUCCCUAUUCUUCACCGUGACAUCAGCAGUGCAAAUGUGUUGCUCUGGAGACAAGGUACUCAAUGGCGAGCUAAAGUGUCAGAUUAUGGCACUGCUAAUUUCAAGAAACAGACCAUGACAGUUGCACCUGGGGCUCCAAUCUACAGUGCACCUGAAGCACACGCUACAAAUCAAACAGUCAAGGUUGAUGUCUACAGUUUUGGUGUGCUUCUUUGUGAGAUGUCCAUCCGUGAAUUACCAGAUCCUGAAAUACGAGAACAGCAAGUCGCAAUGGUGACAAACAGUGUACUUCGAGCUCUUAUCCGACGAUGUUUGGAAACAGACCCUCAGGCUAGACCAAGUAUGGAAGAACUAAUUGAUGAAAUAGAACUGGAGACGCAAGGCACCGUUUGAUUAAGUUUGCUGAAUCAACUUCAAACA